UCCGGGGGAAAGGCAUUUCGGCCGGCGCCGUCGCCAUUUUGUCGAGCUGCCUAUCUCGGGCGCCGCCAUGUUGGUGAGAAGAAAUCACCGCCACGGCCACUAUUCAAAUCCCCGUGUUCCUCCACGCCACCCGCUCGCUCCCAAGCCUCGGCCAGCAGCGGCGGAUAGAGACUAAAGCAGCAGCGCCAGCAGCGCCCGGCAGCGAGGGGGGCCAUUGCCCUGUGUUUGCAGUUAGAGCCCCAUCUUUCUGCUGUGAUUGUUAAUAGACUGGAAAAGUCUCUGUGUCUCUCUGUGUCGCUCACUAAGUAACCGUGAGUUUUUACCAAUUCAUCAUCUCUCACCACCGAGUCCCAGCGGCGGCCGAGAGCAGGUGGUGAUCACCGAGUCCAAGUGUGUGUGUCUCUCUCUGUCAGGCAGCAGCAGCAGCAGGGCGUGUGCGCGCUAGGGUCUCUGGUCGGUGGCCACAGGGCAGUUUCCUCCUCGCCACCUCCUGCUGCUCGUCCCUCCACCACCACCACCACCAUCACCACCUCCUCCACCACCUCCUCCACCAGCCUCAUGGCCUUUGAGAGCCUUUUCUCCAAACCCCCCAACCCCGUUCUUGACAAAAACAUGACAGACUCUGAACAUGCAGGGGACGAAAGAGAAGAUGGUGAAUUAGAAGAUGGUGAAAUAGACGAUGCUGGAUUUGAGGAAACACAAGAGCAACCAGAAGCAAAAGGGAAUGACAAACAGAAAAGUGAGAGAGCCCACAGAAAAUCAAGAAAGAAACGCAAGAAAGAAAAAGAAAAGAAAAAAUCGAAAAGGAGAAGACGUGAGAAACACAAGCAUAAUUCUCCCUCUAGUGAUGACAGUUCAGACUACAGCCUUGAUUCGGAUGUUGAACAUACAGAAAGGUCCCAUAAAAAAGGAUCUAGUUCCUACAGGGAUUAUGACUCAUCAUUUCUUCAGCAUGGACAUUUAUCAGGAAACUACAUGAUCUCACAGAAAAGUCAGCACAAUAAAAAAUCAAAAAAUAAAGAUUAUGACGAAUAUAGUAACUAUAGCGAUGACAACUUCGAUAACUACAAUCAGGAAACAGAAGAAGAUUUUGCUGAUCAGCUUAAACAGUACAGACAAGCUAAAGAAACCUCAAACCCUGCUUUAGGAUCACCAUUUCAUAAGGAAUCAGGGAAAAAACAGGGGAUGAAAGGAGUUCAGCCAGUUGAGCAGAGGAGUAAAAGUUUUAGUGUUUGUCGUGGACGUGGUAUGCCGAAGAAACUCAAGCGCAAAGAGCGUGGCAGAGGGAGAGGCAGUAAAGGACCUAAUGCUUUUUCUGGAACAGAUGGCUUUCAAGAGGAUGGUAAACCUGUGAAAAAAUGGGUGAAUAUGAGUCAAGAGUUCAUAAACCAGCAUACAGUGGAACAUAAAGGAAAACAAAUUUGUAAAUAUUUUCUUGAGGGAAGAUGUAUUAAGGGAGACCAAUGUAAAUUUGAUCAUGAUGCAGAAUUGGAGAAAAAGAAGGAAAUCUGCAAGUUUUAUAUACAGGGAUAUUGCACCAAAGGAGAGAAUUGCAUUUAUAUGCAUAAUGAAUUUCCUUGCAAAUUUUAUCACACGGGAGCAAAAUGUUACCAAGGAGAUAAGUGUAAAUUUUCCCACGCUCCUCUCACUAAAGAAACAAAAGAACUUCUGGACAAAGUCCUGAAUACUGAAGAGGAACCACAAAAUGAAGAUGAAAGAGAGUUAGAAGAACUCAGAAGGCGUGGUAUUGCUCCUCUUCCUAAACCACCUCCAGGAGUUGGCCUUUUGCCAACCCCACCAGAGCAUUUUUCAUUUUCGGAAUCGGAAGAUAAUUUUCAAGGAGAUCUUUCUGAUGAAUUUAAGAAAAUUCCAUCUCUGUUUGAAAUAGUCGUAAAACCUACCGUGGAUUUAGCACACAAAAUUGGGAAGAAGCCACCAGCAUUUUAUAACAGUGCCUCACCACCAGGACCACAGUUUCAGGGAAACAGCCCACAUCCUCAGAAUAUGUACAAUUCAGGGUCAAGUCCAGGUCCUGGUCCUAACAUGUCUCAGGGACACAAUGGUCCUGCAAUGCACCCAGGUUCCCCUGGCCACCACCCAUGUACAGGUCCUCCUGGCCCACCAAUGCCACAUAGCCCACCAUUGCAACCUGGUCCACCUGGAUUUUUAGGGCCUCAUAAUCAAGCUGGAGGACCCAUUCAACCAGGUCCACCUUUAACACCACAGGGUAUGAGUGGUUCCUAUAACUCUAUGGGAGUCCAGGGACAUAUGAUGAACAUCGCUAUGGAAAAUCACUGUUCUACAGGUCCAUCUUACCAGCAAGGUCCCAGUGAAAUGCAGCUCAAUGCCAACUAUGAGUCUCUACAAAACCCAGCUGAAUUCUAUGAUAAUUACUAUUCACAUCAAGCUGUUCAUAAUUUUCAGACAGUCAAUAACUCUGGUGAUGGAAUGUGGCAUGGUGAAUUUGCUGAACAUCAACCUCACAUGGCUCAAGACUCAUUAAACAGUGGAAGUGAGUCAGAUUGCAUCAACACAUCAGGCCAUAAAACUGUUAUAAAUGUACCAGAUUUCCUUCCUGCAAUGCAGAAAGCGCUCUUUGUAAGACUUAGUCAGAAACAUCAGGAGGAUGGAGAACCAGUUGGUCACCAGUCUCAAAGGACAUUAAGCAAGGAAGAAGAUGAUAAUGUUAACUGGUAUUCCAGUAGUGAAGAAGAAGAGGGGAGUAGUGUCAAAUCAAUAUUGAAAACUUUACAGAAACAAACAGAGACUCUAAGGAAUCAACGACAACAUUCCACAGAUCUUGGUGUUCCUACUGAUCCAAGACUUGCUAAAGACAAAAAUACAGGAAGCCAAGCUGUUGAUCCUAGACUUAGGGCUGUCUCAAGACAAAGCUCUAGAAAACCUUCUGAUUCUGCCCCUUUUGAUCCCAGACUUGCACGAGAUCCCAGGAAAUUAAAACUUAAUGAAAGUGGUCAUGCAAGUCCUUCUGUUGGUGGAGGAAAGUUUGACUUACACCAUGCAAAUUCUGGAGUUAAAGUCAAACAAAAAGGAGUAGAUGAUGAAGAAGAAGAAGUAGAAAGAGAGCUGAGAGAAAAAGCUUUCCUAAUACCUUUAGAAUCUUUACCUGGUGUAACACUACAAGAUCCAAGGUCACAGCUUAGACAAUUCAGCCAUAUUAAAAUGGAUAUUAUCCUGACCAAACCAAACUUUGCAAAACACAUUGUGUGGGCUCCUGAAGAUUUACUUCCAGUACCCUUACCUAAACCUGACCCAGUUUCAUCAAUCAACUUACCUCUUCCCCCACUUAUAGCUGACCAGAGGCUAAAUAAAUUACGUAAUAUAAGUAGUGAUCUUCAUCAAAGUACAAUGCCAGCUGAUCCAAGAUUAGCAGCAAAAGCCAAAAAUAAUACUGCAAGAAGUGGAUACUUGGACCAACCUGGAGAAACCCAUAGUCCAGGAAAUAAAUUAGGGGAUCCUAGGUUGCAAAAAAACGUUGAUCCUAGACUUCAUAGGCUGUCCAGUACAGACUCUCAUCAUGGGAUUGCAAAGGAUCCUCAUCCAUCAAAAUUUGAUCCACGUUUGCCCAGACCUUGUCCUGGUUCAUCACAGAUCUCAGAGGCAGUAACUAAUAAAUCUGAAUCUGAUUCUCUUCCUCCAUAUGCUCCCAAACUGUCAGCUUCAACUGGUGUUAGACUAGGAACACCAAGCUCUAUUCUUAGUGGCAUUAGUUUGUAUGAUCCAAGGGAACAUGGUUCAUUGUCUUUAUCAGAUCCAGCACCACUUUCUUUAGGAGAGAAUGGAGAGAACCAGAAAAAAAUCAGUGGCUUACAAAAUAAUGGCAAAAAUGAGCCUUCUUCUUCAGAAGCUUUGCAGAAGACCACUCCAAAUUUGGAAAAGACUACAGAUGGGUCAGUUGACCCACAGUCAGAUAAACAGAAUAAUACUGUUAAGACUCAAGUUAAACCUGAGCCCCCACACUCCAGUACUGCACCAGCAGUGCACAACCUUCCAAUCCAGGCUUUAACAGGAUUAAUAAGACCACAGUACAAUGAUCCACGACAGACAAGACAGCCAGGACAGGUGAAUCAAAUGCCAGAUAGUGAUCCAAAUGGAGAAUCAGAUGAUAAAUCCCUGAAGGAUGUUUUUAAGACUUUUGAUCCAACAGCUUCACCAUUUUGUUAGCAGUGCUUUAUUAAAAAAUUCUUUUUACUGUUGCGACUAUUGCAGUUCUCUGCUGUUUUGUAACUGGUUUACCUCUAUGCUUUAUUUAUUUUUAAAUUAUAAUUAUCAACACUUUUUCAGCUGCUAAUUCCAGAACCACAUGCAGUUAUAUGCUCUAGUGUUUGCAAAGAUGUGGUAUUUUCUACAUAUUUUUUCAACUUCAGGGAGACUGUAAUAAUUGACACAUAGAAACAGAUGUAUCACGUUAGAGCUGAUGAAAGCACUUUUCAUUGUAAAUAAAACAUCAUGAAAAACUCAGCACUCAACCUGUAUAUGUGCAAGAUGUCUUUCAUAAUAAAUGUUUAGACAAAUAAUUGCCACUUUUGUAUGAUGUGUAGUUUCAAGCGAUACAGUGUAUAUUACUUUGAAAUAAAUAUUUCAGACUAAGAUCUUCUGAAUUUAUCAGGCUGACUGAAAUAUAAACAAAUGAAGUAAAAAAAUCUUA